GACCCCGCCCACAGUAGUGAUUAUUGUGUCUGGUACAGAAACGCGGUCCGGUUUUUACUCCGCAAAACCUCCUCGUCUGGACUAACUGCUUAAGACAGAAGAGGGAGGGCGGUCUGGAGCGGGUCUGAGAGAAGCUUGGUCCGGUUUGGAACGGGUUUGACCCGGUCUGGAACCUUGGUAAAGAGAGCCGGAGGGAAAGUUUGCUUCAGCUUCGGUUCACGUCUCUGCAGCGCCGCCGGCAGUCAUGUUCAGGUAGAGACCGGCUCCACGGCGCCCACCAUGCGGAAGCAUCUGGACAGGAUCCGGUUCCGGGGCCAGAGACGGGACGAGUUCCUGGAUCUGGUCGAUUCGCCCAACACGUCGGACACCGAAUGCACCGAGGAGGCCGUGACUAAAGCUCCGGUCUCCGUCAGAGAGCCAGAGGAGCAGAGGGAGGCGGAGGGAGAGCAGCAGAGUGAUGCCCAGGCUGGUCCAGGAUCCUUUUGUGCAGCUCUCCAAGACGACUCGAGGACAGACCUUAACGAGGUCAAAGGUCACCUAGAAAUCGCCUUGUUAGAGAAACACUUCCUACAGGAGGAGCUGAGGAAACUUAAAGAGGAGUCCAACGUGGACUCCCUGAGACAGGAGCUGGAGAGGGAGCGCAUCAGGUGCAUCGAGCUGGAGCAGAAAAUCAACGACGUCCUGAAACCCAGACUCGAAGACUCCCCUUCUCAGACACCCAAAGCCCCGUCUCCUCCUCCUCCACCUGCAGUCAGCAGUACAGACAAACACAAGGACACUUUGUCCAGCAGCUUCCUGAAAUGGCUUUAUGAUCGUUUUGGCGUUUAUAUCGAGGACUUCAGCUUCCAACCGGAGGAGCAGACGGUGGAGGCGGAGGAGCCGCUGAGUGCCAAGAGGUUGACUGAAAACAUGAGACGGCUCAAACGAGGAUUCAAACCUGUGACCAACUUCAAGAGGAACCUUACUGCCCUAUCCAGCUGGAACUCUGUCUACACGUCGGCCAUCGCCUUCAUUGUCUACAUGUACGCAGCGUGGCACGGCUGGGCCGUCCCCAUGUUCCUGUUCCUCGCCAUCAUCCGACUCUCCUUAAAUUGCCUCAUCGCCAGAGGCUGGAGGAUCCAGUGGAGCAUCGUUCCUGAAGUCUCGGAGCCUGUGGAGCCUCCUAAAGAAGACCUGACUGUCUCGGAGAAGUUCCAGCUGGUUCUGGACGUCGCUCAGAAAGCUCAGAAUCUGUUUGGGAAGAUGGCCAACAUCCUGGAGAAAAUAAAGAAUCUGUUCAUGUGGGUUCAGCCAGAGUUGACUCAGAAGCUGUACAUUGGUCUGUGGGUGGCCUUCAUCGCCUGCUGCCUGCUGCCGUUCAAACUGCUGGGAUUCUUCAUAGGUGUGUACGCAGGUAUAAAGUUCUUCAUCAUCGACUUCAUCUUUAAGAGUUGUCCCAAGCUGCGGCAGCGUUACGACACACCCUACAUCAUCUGGACCAAUUUACCCACCGACCUGCAGCUGAAGGAGCGCGGCAACACCACGCUGAGCAGACGGCCCACUGCGACGAGCAUCCGAGGGAACGUCGGCGCUGCAGCUCCUCUGGGCGUCAGCCGGGACGAGGACGGAGGACGCUACCACGGCACCAAGAGAGGAGUUUUUCACGAAGUCUUCAACCUGCCGGAGAGUGAGCGCCCUCUGACAGUGUGUGAGAACGGCUGGCGCUGCUGCCUCAUCAACAGAGACCGGAAGACACCGACAGACUACAUCCGCAACGGAGUCCUCUACGUCACCGAGAAUCAUCUGUGUUUCGAGAGCUCCAGCUCCAGAUCUGGAUCCUCCAAGAGGAACAAAGUCAUCAAACUGCUCGACAUCACUGACAUCCAGAAGUACAAAGUUUUGUCUGUGCUGCCUGGAUCUGGGAUGGGCAUCUCCAUAGCGACACCAUCCACCCAGAAGCCGAUGGUGUUCGGCGCGAUGAUCCACAGAGACGAGGCCUUCGACGCCAUCUUCACUCAGUACAUGAAGAUCGUUACCAUGGCUACAGCCACCCAGCCGGAGACAUAGUAACGCGGCGGCUGCCUUCGCACGCACAAACACUGGACCUGUUUCACUGUAUUCGCCAGUGACGUCUUGAAACCGCUGCUGGCGUCCGAUUGAGCUGCUCUCGCGUGAUCAUGGUCAGCUCUUCAGUCAUCAAACUCAAUGAUCCCGUGACAUCACCUCCCUCUUAGUCGAUUAGUCAACUAAUCGGUCGUUUUGGUCUUAGUCAACUUAGAUUUCUUUAGUCG